CUUUUUCCCAUAGCCCGUCCACGUUCAUACUGCGAAGCACAAACCAAAUAAAAAAAAUAAACACGCGCAGUUUUUAAUAAUUUUUUACUGAACAGUUUUUUGAUGCGGAGUCGGUUUGUUGGGGCGAGCAAAAGAGGUGAACGCCAGAAAAGCGACGUAAAUCGAUAACACAACACCAUCGCCGCCACCCACAACACCGCCCACACACCGUAUAAACACCACACAACAAAUCACGAUGGGUCAGACUCUUUCGGAACCGGUGACCGCCAAGGAGUCCUCCUACUGCCAGAACGCUGCCUUCCGCGUGGGCUCCAGCUGCAUGCAGGGCUGGCGCAUCAACAUGGAGGACUCACACACCCACAUCCUGUCCCUGCCAGACGAUCCGGGAGCGGCCUUCUUCGCCGUAUACGAUGGGCAUGGAGGGGCCACGGUGGCCCAGUAUGCCGGCAAGCACCUGCACAAGUUCGUUCUCAAACGACCGGAGUACAACGACAACAUCGAACAGGCACUGCAGCAGGGCUUUCUGGACAUAGACUACGAAAUGCUACACAAUGAGUCAUGGGGCGACCAGAUGGCCGGCUCCACGGCCGUUGUAGUCCUGGUGAAAGACAGCAAGCUGUACUGCGCGAAUGCAGGGGAUUCGCGGGCCAUUGCCUGCGUGAACGGACAGCUGGAGAUCCUGUCGCUCGACCACAAGCCCAACAACGAGGCGGAGACCAAGCGGAUCAUCGAUGGCGGCGGCUGGGUGGAGUUCAAUCGGGUCAACGGCAAUCUGGCACUUUCCCGGGCACUCGGCGACUUUGUCUUCAAGCGGUCGAACAAAAAGCCGGAAGAUCAAAUCGUCACAGCCUACCCGGACGUAGAGACGCGCAAGAUCAUGGAGGAUUGGGAAUUCAUCGUGCUGGCCUGCGAUGGCAUUUGGGAUGUUAUGACCAAUGCGGAAGUGCUCGAGUUCUGUCGCACGCGCAUCGGCAUGGGCAUGUAUCCGGAGGAAAUCUGCGAGGAGCUGAUGAACCACUGCCUGGCGCCCGACUGCCAAAUGGGCGGUCUCGGCGGCGACAAUAUGACCGUGGUGUUGGUCUGCCUGCUCCACGAACGUCCCUACAGCGAUCUGAUAGCCCGCUGCCGGAACAGCAACCAGGUGGCCAAUGACCAUGAUCUAACCGGCAAGGCGGCGAAGGAUGAAGCCGCAGAGGCAGAAGCAGAAGCCGAAACCGAUACGGAAACGGAAACACAGUCCAAGCCCUGCCAGAAGCAAUCCAAUUCCGGUCCCACGGACGACGAGAAGAAGCUGGAGAAAGAGUCACAGGAUGCGCUGCUGGCAGCGGCCGAAAUGCAGCUGAACUAUAUCUACUAGUGCGCCUUACGAUUAAUUAAUUAGGGUUACUCCAAUACCGCUUAGGUCAACUCUUUAUACUUAACAACGCAAGUGUUCUUGGUUAAGUUUUAUAUAAACACAACACACACUCGUAUACCACACACAGUCCUUACCAAAAUGUUUGCUCCGAUAAAUAAUACUUGUUUUAAUUGUAACCACCACGAUGCGUGUAUAUACAUAUAUGUCUUGUCUAACUAUAUAAUUAUAUGAUUUACUAUGUUUUGUGAUGCCCAAGCAAAAUGGAUAAAAAGAAUUGUAUUACUCGAUUAGUAUUUAUGUACCUAAAUCUACUUGUCAAAGUUGUUUGGGAUCGAUCUUUAAGAAGGGAGCGAAGAGUUUCAAAAUUAUAAAUAAAGAAAAUGUUUUGUAGUGCCCAAGGAA